GUCGCAGAAGGGGCAGAAGAACAGAGUACGCAGAAAGCAGUCUUUGUUUCUCUCUAAACUCUCUCUAUCUUUUACCUGUUGGGUAUGUCUCUCUGUUCCAUUCAAUUCUAGAGAGAAGAAGAACAAACACAGAGAGAAAAAGAGGAAAAAAGGGAGUGUAAAGGAAAAGCUAACACUGAAAAUUUGCAGAGCGCUCAGAUUUGUUAGUAUUAGUAUUUGUGGUUUCUGUGUUUGUUUGUGUACCGUCGUCCCCCACCUGUUUGUUUGUUUUUGACGAAUUUUCUCUUUGAAUUAAAGAAUCGAAGCAGAGAGAUUAGGAAAACAUGCCUGGAAGUGUUGUUGUUGAGCCCUUGGAUUUGAGCGUGCAGAUUCCUUACCAUUUCAGGUGCCCGAUUUCUCUCGAGCUCAUGCGCGAUCCGGUUACGGUUAGCACUGGCCAGACCUACGACCGUUCUAGUAUUGAGUCAUGGGUGGCCACCGGCAACACUACGUGUCCGGUCACUAGGGCUCCGCUUACGGAGUUUACGCUCAUCCCUAACCAUACGUUGCGACGCCUUAUCCAGGAGUGGUGCGUUGCGAAUCGGUCUUAUGGCGUUGAGCGGAUUCCGACACCGAAGCAACCGGCGGAUCCGUCUUUGGUUCGGUCUCUGCUUGGCCAAGCUUCGUCGAAAUCGAGUGGUUCGAGUUCGAGAAUCUCGGCUGUGCGGCGGUUGAAAGGACUUGCUCGUGACUCGGAGAAGAAUCGGUCGUUGAUUUCUUCUCUGAAUGCUCGUGAAAUUCUUAUUGAUGUUGUGUUUUCGAAUUCGGAUUCGGAUUCGGUUUCUCCUGAUUUGAGCCGCGAAUCGCUCGCGUUGCUUGUGAUGUUGCCGCUCACGGAAUCUGAGUGCGUUCUCGUUGCGUCUGAUCCGCAACGGAUUGGUUACCUGUCACAUCUUCUUUUUGAUUCUUCGAUUGAAGUCCGAAUCAAUGCCGCUGCGUUGAUUGAAAUCGUGAUUGCAGGAACUCGAGCGUCCGAGCUUCGAGGACAAAUUUGCGCUAUCGACGAACUAUUCGAAGGCGUGGUCGAAAUUCUCAGAGAUCCAACGGCGUAUCCGCGAGCGGUGAAGGUCGGAGUUAAGGCCUUGUUCGCUCUCUGUUUAGUGAAACAAACCAGGCACAAGGCGGUUUCCGCCGGCGCCGCCGAGAUUCUCAUCGACCGAUUCCCCGAUUUGGAGAAGUACGACGCGGAGAGAGCCCUAGCAACGAUCGAACUCAUUUGCAGAAUUCCAACUGGUUACGACGCGUUUGCCUCUCACGCGCUCACAGUUCCGCUUUUGGUGAAAGUCAUUCUGAAGAUCUCAGACAGAGCAACGGAAUCAGCAGUCGGAGCUCUGGUAUCGCUGUGCUCUGCGUCGGAGGAGAACCGACGGGAGGCGGUGGCGGCAGGGAUUUUCACACAGCUGUUGUUGCUGGUGCAAAGCGAUUGUACGGAGCGAGUUAAACGGAAAUCCCAAGUGCUCCUGAAGCUUCUUCGAGAUUCAUGGCCGCAGGAUUCCGUCGGAAACUCAGACGACUAUGGUUGCAGUGAAAUUGUGAUACCGUUUUAUUAAUUCCGAUCUCUCACGUCCGUUCAUUCUCCGGGAAGAACAAAGAAGAACAAAGAAAGUUUCAGUAGUUUUCUGUAUGUAAUUUUUGUACGUAAAUUUUUUUUCUUCAAUAGCUUUCA